CCAAUUGGACCCUCACCUCGUACAUCCAUCAGGUUGAUGAAAGACAGGGUACAGAGAAGCAGUCAGAGACACAAGAGUACUGCGGAUCCCUCCUGGCUUAAGGCUCGUGAAACCGAGCAGCAGCUCUUGCUUUAGAGCAGUAUCAGUAUCCGAGGUGUGAUUGAACUAUCAGCAAGCUAGCUACAAAGAGCAACGCAUGCGUUCGUCGAUUUGUCAGACCGAGGAAAUCUAGCUUUCACUUCCAGCUCCUUAUUUUGUAGCGCAUCACGAAAGCUGGUUCACGAAAAGAAAAGUACGUGCAAGUAUCGCCCAGAGUAGGAGACGUCCCAAUCCCAUCAUGGCAGAGGCCUCUCAGAAGCUGAGCAUGUUCUGGUUUCUGACAAUCUCCAUCGUGGCAACUUUAUUAGUAAGUCCUGCCAGUGGGCAGCUGUCGACAGGGUUUUACAGCCGCACAUGUCCUUCCGUGCUGAGUACAGUGAGAUCUACCAUGACCAGUGCAGUGCGCUCGGAUGGAAGAGUAGGUGCCUCGCUUCUGCGAAUGCACUUCCACGACUGCUUCGUUCAGGGAUGCGAGGCCUCGGUUUUACUGGACGACGUUCCCUCGGCUGGUUUGAUAGGAGAGAAGAAUGUCGGCGCCAAUGCAGGGUCCUUAAGAGGCUUCCAGGUUAUUGAUAACAUAAAGUCAGCGCUGGAAAAUCAAUGUCCUGGCACCGUCUCCUGUGCGGACAUCCUGGCCAUCGCAGCUCGCGACGGUGUUAAUUUGGCUGGCGGUCCUUCAUGGAAUGUUGAGCUGGGUCGGCGUGAUGGCAUAUCAGCAAACGCUGCCGCAGUGGGUACUAAUCUCCCUGGUCCAGGAUCAAGCGCGGGCCAAAUUAUAGCUCAAUUCGGAGCGCAAGGGCUUGAUACAACUGAUGUUGUAGCUCUCUCAGGGGGGCACACUUUCGGAAAGUCCCAGUGUUUCCAGUUCAGCGGCCGCCUCUUCAAUUUCGCGAACACCGGAGCCCCUGAUCCGUCGAUCGACCCGGCACUCCUCGGCAGACUCCAGGCAGCUUGUCCACAGGGUGGAAAUGGAGCCGCACUGGUUGACUUCGACCAAGCCACGCCGGGACAAUUCGACAGCUCAUACUACAACAAUCUGCUCAUAAAUAGAGGACUGCUCACUAGUGACCAAACACUCCAAAAUUCGGGGCAAACCACGAACACUGUCAAUGCUUUCACCAAUCAGAAUACCUUCUUCUCCCAGUUUUCUAGAUCCAUGAUCAAAAUGGGUCGCAUCGGGGUUCUCACUGGAUCUGCAGGGCAAAUCCGCACCAACUGCAGGAGGGUCAACUCAGGCUAAGAUCCAAAAUGUGGCAGAUCCAACUCAAGCAAAUACUCCUUUCAAAUACAACAAAAUAGAUUAAUAGAGAGUGAUCUCUAGAUGGCCAUCUCAGCUACAGGAGGCAAUUGCGAGCAGCUCAUGCAGUCCUGGCGCUCGAAUAUGCUUCGAUAGCAGCAGCUAGCUCGUCGCCCAAUAUCGAUCGAAUAGAUCUAGAUACCACGUGCCACAAGUUGAACACCGAGUCCUACGCUGCCUGUUGUAUAUAAGAUUCCACAAGACACAGUGGAACCCGAUGAGUUCCUAAAGAUUCAUUUGCUGCUGGGUUCCGGAAGCAUCAGCUGGAGUCAACAUCCCACAACUAAGCCAUGCCACCACUUGCAGUACUACUUAGCCACUAGUGAGGUCGGUCGUGACCGUCUAAGAGAGAGGUCGACGCUGAUCGGCAUCCCUGAUCUACAGUUGUGCACACAUUUGAGCUCAGUACGUAAACCCCUGUGUAUAAGUGGGAAUCCGGAUCCAGCUUGUUUCUAGUGUCUCCCCGCGAGGAUAUUCUAAUGACGCGAUGCUGCAAUUCUGUACUUGUUUAAAGCUUUAAUUGAUUGAUUGGUUCCU